AUGAACGCCGUCCCGCCUGCGCAUGGCUCUGGCCGGCUGCCUGCCUAUCGGGCGGUGUACAUGCAACGCUACCAUCCCUUCCCGACGUGUGAGAGGUUCAACGUAUACCGGAGCUAUUUUGACGAGUACAUCGGCGAGCGGGUAUAUUAUUUCUCGACCAUCUCGCUUCUCCGUGCGGCCAAGGUUAGGAAAGCAUACGGCGGGAACUGUCGUUGGAGCUAUGAUCGUGGGUCGUGCUUCACGUUCUGGGUUGGCACUUUGCUCUCGGAAGCGUCUCCUGCCCUCGAGCAUAACGACUCGUGCUCAUGGGUGUCUGUUACGUAUACUCGGGGUUAUUUGACCUCGACUAACCCGUUCCUGUCCUACAUAUUAGCGAAUAGCCAAGAGACCGAGAUGUAUGGCGGGAUGCAGCAACCGCCACAUACCAAAACGCGCUCACCUCAGUCGUGGUACCUAUGCACGGCUCCAGCAGGCUGGAAGACACGAACGUAUCACAAGCCGAACCAGCUGACCUUUGCGGCGGGCACGUUGCCGCAUGCUCCAUGGCUGCGCGCAGCCUGGAAUCGGCUGACCUUGACAGACCGCUCGGCAAGAGGGUUCAUUAUGUCACAGCGUCGUGCAGGAUCAAUAUUGCUUUGGUGCCUACGGCUUAACCCAUCCAUCCAAUACCGAUGCAAGGCCUACCUUGACAAAGAAGCGGACGAGCGCGUGGCGCCCUCCCCAGCUCUCUCACACGUUUCCCAUCCUGCACUUGUAGAGAAAUGGCGUGUAGGGAUAUGA